CUGCUAGCAAAACUUGAGAAUGGACUCAGGAGACAAGUCAGUUAGUUUGACGAGAAGAAAACGAGAGCGUCCAUGACUUGACCACAAGUAUCAACACUUUCACAACAUUAUUGGCAGCAAUGUCGAGAGAAAACACCACGCGAAGUUUGGACAGCAUAGACCUUGCUGCGCUAAGAGAUCCAGCAGGAAUCUUUGAGUUGGUGGAGGUGGUAGGCAAUGGAACAUACGGUCAGGUGUACAAGGGUCGUCAUGUCAAAACAGGACAGAUGGCAGCUAUCAAAGUCAUGGAAGUCACAGAGGAGGAAGAAGAGGAAAUAAAGCUGGAGAUCAACAUGUUAAAGAGCUAUUCCCACCAUAGGAACAUUGCGACUUAUUAUGGCGCUUUUGUGAAGAAAAGUCCUGCUGGACAGGACCACCAGCUCUGGCUGGUGAUGGAGUACUGUGGAGCCGGCUCUGUGACAGACUUGGUGAAAAAGACAAAGGGUAACUGUCUAAAAGAGGACUGGAUCGCUUACAUCUGCCGAGAGGUGCUCAGGGGUCUUUCCCAUCUCCAUUCCCAUCAUGUGAUUCACAGGGACAUUAAGGGACAGAAUGUUUUGCUUACAGAGAAUGCCGAAGUCAAACUUGUGGAUUUUGGGGUUUCAGCACAGUUGGACAAGACGAUCGGUCGAAGGAACACCUUUAUUGGUACUCCAUAUUGGAUGGCUCCAGAGGUCAUUGCCUGUGAUGAGAACCCCGAAGCCACAUAUGACUACAGAAGUGACCUCUGGUCUUUAGGCAUCACUGCUUUAGAGAUGGCAGAAGGAGCCCCUCCUCUGUGUGACAUGCACCCAAUGAGAGCUUUGUUUCUGAUUCCAAGGAACCCUCCACCGAGACUCAAAUCAAAGAAAUGGUCCAAGCGCUUUUUGUCGUUCCUUGAUAGCUGUCUCGUGAAGAACCAUCUGCACCGACCCGCAACUGAUGCCCUACUGAGGCAUGCCUUCAUCCGAGAUUUGACGAAUGAGAGACAAGUGCGUAUCAUGCUCAAGGAUCACCUUGACAGAACCAGAAAGAAGAAGGAGAAAGAGGGUCCAGAGUAUGAGUACAGUGGUAGUGAAGAGGAAGAAGACGAGGUCACAGAGGAGGAAGGUGAACCCAGCUCCAUCGUUAAUGUCCCUGGUGAAUGGACAUUACGGCGAGAGUUUCUACGUUUACAGACAGAGGAUCGAGAAGAAGGUCGCCAGAGAGGUAACAGAGUUGGUGCAGAUCAGCAAAGGCAGCAGGCUUUGCAACAAUUAGAGCAAGAGAGAUACAAGCAGCAGUUACUGGCUGAUAGACAGAGGAGAAUCCAACAACAGCAUGAAAAACGGCAAAUAUUAGAGGAUCAACAGAGGCGGCAACUGUCAGAUGCUGCCUUUCAGUGGGCGGAGCUUCAAGAGAUUAUGCUUGGCGAGGAAUAUGAUCUCCAAGACAACAGAAUCCUGAAAGGUGACAGACAUCAGAGGACUGAUAGGAAACAGGACCAUGCAGAGAGACACUGGGAUGCUGAUGUGUCCAAAAGGCCUCUGGAAUCAGAGCAGAGAGCUGUGGCUCCAAACCAGCUGCUUCAGCUUAAGGCCAAGCAGCCUCGUCUACAGUCGCAAGCCAAGCCCCAGCCUCCAAGCCAGCAUCAGCAGCCCGCAGCAGGCAGGAGAUCCCACCGCACCCUGCCUAAAGACCAAACGCAGCUCCUAUCCCUGCAGCAUGACCACAGACACAGGGAGAGAGAAAAGGAGCCGGAGAGGCACAGAGAAAAGCCAGAGGCACCUGUCCAAAAGCUAAUGGCUAACAGUGGGAACACAGUCACUCCUGCCGCUACUGCCACUGCUUCCUCGCACAGCCGCCCUGCAAAUUGCCAGCGCUCAGCGAUGGAUUACGAGGACUCCACUAUAGCCAGGAUGCUUAUUGCUGCUGGCCUGCCCAGUCAGAUGCACUCACGGCUAAGCUCUGGGAGCAGCUCCAGUCCUUGUACCCCUGCCAUGCAGAGAGCUCACCUACACCAGAAUGCCAAUCUGAGCUCGAGUCGAGCUGCCUCCCACAGCAGCUCAAUGUCAAACAUGGCUAUCACGCAGUUGUCCCCCUUCUCACCGAUGUCAACCACUGAUGAUGUCUUCUGGGACUCUGAGACCCCACCUAAGGUCCCGGAACGUACUACCUCUAAGUUCUACUGCAGAGAGCUGGUGAAGGGACACAAGAGGGCUGCUUCCAGUGGUAGUCCAGUGCUCAUGACAGAAAAAGGUUCAAGGUCUGUGUCUCAUGGUGUGACCAGUAACCAUCCAGACUACUUCAAGCAGGAGAGUCCACGUGUGCAGCAGCGUCGACAGCAGCACAGACGGCAGCAGGGCGAAACCCCCAGCAGUCAUUCACAACAGGGUUUCAAGUCAGCUGUCCGCCCAUUCAACAAGGCCACAGAAUACUCCUCCUCCAGUGAUGAAUUUGGCAGCAGUGAUGAUGAAGAAAGGAACAGUUCUGGCCUCUCUAACGGAAAGGGGGAGAAAUAUUUCAAACAAAUACCUGAUGGCAUCGUGCUGCAACCUCAUCACAACCUUAACCAGCUGUCUCAGAUGACAUCAGAUGACACCUACAUGCUACCAGACCUUCUGCAGAAAAUAUCUUCAUCGAGUCCUUCUCACAAAGCACUGACAGGAGAGGACAGUUACUCACAAUCACCCACAGCACCACGAUCCCCUACACACCAGGAACUACGUGCUUUCAGCAGUCCAAUUGGCAAAAACAUUUCCACAUCUUCCUCUUCCUCCUUCUUCUCCUUCAUUGAUCCAAGAUUGAUCCCGAUAUCUUCACCACCACAGAGCCCCACAUGCAGUAAGGGUGAGCCAAUCAAGAGAGAGAACCACAGGAAGGGGUCUGUGGUGAACGUGAACCCAACUAAUAUUCGACCACAGAGUGACUCUCCUGAGAUCCGCAAAUACAAGAAGAAAUUCACUGCUGAGGUUCUCUGUGCUGGACUGUGGGGAGUGAAUCUGUUGGUUGGGACAGAGAAUGGUCUCUGGCUUCUGGACAGAAGUGGUCAGGGGAAGGUCUACUCACUCAUCAGCAGGAGAAGGUUUCAGCAGAUGGACGUGCUAGAAGGACUCAAUGUGCUCAUUACUAUAUCAGGUAAAAAGAACAAGCUUCGCUUGUACUACCUGUCCUGGUUGAGAAAUAAAAUCCUGAGGAAUGACCCGGAAGUGGAGAAGAGGCAGGGUUGGACAUCUGUUGGGGAUCUGGAAGGUUGUGUUCACUAUAAAGUGGUGCGUUAUGAGAAGAUCAAGUUUUUAGUGAUUGCUCUGAAGAAUGGAGUAGAGGUUUAUGCCUGGGCGCCCAAACCCUACCAUAAGUUCAUGGCCUUUAAGUCUUUCAGGUCUUUACCACAGAAGCCAUUGUCUGUUGACCUGACGGUGGAGGAAGGUCAAAGGUUAAAGGUCAUCUAUGGUUCUUCGUCUGGUUUUCAUGCCAUUGAUGUAGACUCUGGAACGCCAUACGACCUCUAUUUGCCUACACAUAUCCAGGGGUCCAUCCAUCCCCAUGCAAUCAUUAUUUUGCCGAAUAGUGCCGGAACAGAGGUUCUUGUUUGCUAUGAAGACGAGGGCGUCUACAUUGACACCUACGGCCGCAUCACCAAGGAUACGGUUCUGCAGUGGGGAGAGAUGCCUGCAUCUGUUGCCUACCUGCAGUCCAACCAGGUGAUGGGUUGGGGUGAGAAGGCUAUUGAGCUCAGGUCUGCCAACACAGGAAAUCUGGAAGGAGUUUUCAUGCACAAAAAGGCCCAAAAACUCAAGUUCUUGUGUGAAAGAAAUGACAAAGUCUUCUUUGCAUCAGUGCAGUCAGGAGGCAGCAGUCAGAUUUACUUUAUGACGCUGGGUCAGAACUCUCUGUUCAACUGGUGAUAAGGGGACCUGCGACGCAAGGAUCAGCUGCUUGUGUCGGCCUUGAUCCUCCUGGAUUUUUUCAUGCUUGUCUUGACAGUUUGUCACACGUCAUGGAUGUGAAAUUAGGCAAAGAAGACAUGCUGACACAGUUUUGGAUCUGAUGUGCUUUGGUCUACAUCUGGCCUGAAGAUUCAGUUUUUGAUACGUUCACUGGAUUUGUUUCUACUCAUCCUGUUCCACAUGCAGCUCAACUUGUGUGGCUCAUCUGUUAUCAUCUAACGUAGAAGUUCAGAGGUUCUGCUACUGAAGGAGUGAAAGGUGGAAAAAUGGUCAUCAGCCAUGGAAGCUUCACUGACAACUUGGUGUAAAGAAAUUGAUCCUUUUGGAGAGACUAGCAGGUUGCCCACCUUAUUGAAUAAUUCUUCCAGAUGGCUUGUCAACCUUUAGAAUUGCUGGAGCCAUUCGCUGACAAAUGAGACAAACAUCUUUGAACUUUGUAACACCAUAUUCUUUCUAAAAUGGAUCAAUACAGCAAGCCCUUGUGCACUCUGGAGAGAGGUCAUGUCAGGCUGGUUCUGUUUGUGUGUUCUUGUUUGUAACUGUUACUAAUUGGAAUAUGAUUACAUUAUGGAGCAUCAAAAAGUCUCUAAAAAAAAAAAUGCACCAGCAAAAAGCCUACAUUCUCAGUCAUCCAAGUCAUAGUAAUCCGCAAAGGUUGAAUGGAGGCAACUGGACUCUUCUUGUUUGGUGAAGACUUCACUUUUUUUGUAGUGGGGAGUGCACUGACCUCUACAUUGGAGAGUCCCAACAACCUUUUACAAACACAUGGCACAACAGAGGAGGGCAGUUUGUUCAGGACCAGAAUCAGCACUUCAUUUGCAUCUCAAAAAGAAGGGACGUGCCUUUGAGGACUAUGUCGUCCACAUUUUUGACCAUUGGUUUGAAAGAGUCAAACCAGAAAGGCUCUACGAGACGAGUACGUUUUCGCCAUCGAAGAUUGUCUCGUUGCGUCUAAUUCACCUCGAUUCAACCUUUGCAGAUAUACAUCAAAAAGUUUGAUAUGGCCAAAAACUUGGGGUCUGUUAAUUCAACACAUAUUAUUUGCUAGUCUAAUUAGGAAAGUCCUUGGACUUUCUGUGCUACUCUCAGCAAAACAAGUUUAAAGUGCCAAGCUAACGGCUAUUAGCAAUGCAUUUUAAUUUGUGCAAUCUUAUUUUCAACUUCAGUUUUUAGCCAUGUGACUGUACUGGAUUAGUUAAAAAAAAAAAAAAAAAAAAGCAGUCAUCUACACACAAUUAUGUAGGUCACCAAGCUAAACACAUUUACUGCAGUAAUAUUUCAAGGCAUUCUACGUGUUGUUUUGUACAGAUUACAGAGGAUAUGAUUUAUGUUUUCUCAAGCAAAUUGUAAAAAUGACACACCGAAUGUCAUACGUAGUAUUUGUUUUAAAAGUGAAUAUGUAAAGAGGUUGAAUUGUAUCUGACAUGAUCAUAUCCAUUUUCACAGGUCCUCUAGCGGGAUCUUCUGUUCUUUAAUUGACUUGAUGAGCUAAAGACUGAACACCAACAGCAGAUGAAGAAGAGUUCUGUUGUACCCUCCUCAGAUUUCAAAGUGACGAUCCCAAGAGAAACUAUUAUGAUUUUACCUUCUAAUGUGAAGAAGUCAUGCUCUCAAUUUUUCAGCAGGGUUUUUCCUUCGUCAUGUUUGACUCCAACAAAGCAAGGUUCUGCGUUCCAUUCCUCCAUGUAAUGAUUUGUGUUGCUCUCAGAAAGUGUGCCAAAUGUUAUGGACUUUAGUAUUGUUAUGGACUUAUAUUACAGCUGGUUCUGUGAGAAUAUUUAUGACUGGAAAAGAGGAUUGUUGCUAUGUUUGCUUCCAGAGGAUGAGACGCUGUUUCAGACUAAAUGGCGGUACACACACAGCAACACACAGGCUGGUGCAGAGAAUCCAGCUUUUUUUUUGGCACACGGUCAAGCUGUGCAAAAAUGUAAACUGUUAACUUAAAUGACAUCCCAUUCAGGGUUUAAUGUGAUGUGGGCUCACCCUUUGCAGCCACACAUUAACCAUUCAGUAUUCACGGCCCUGCAAAUUGUGGAUUUUUGGUAUUGUUUUUUGUGUUCUCCAAAAAUAGGCUGUUUUUCCCGCAGAAAACACACCAAUAGUUCACCAAUAGUUUAGAAAUCCAUGAUAAUACAGAUCAGAUGUGCAGCUACUAUAUGGCUACAUUUACACUGCAGGUCAAUUUUUAUUUUUUUUCAUGUCAGUAUAAACAGUAUAUCCAUCCAUCCUUCUUCUAUGCCACUUAUCCUCACCAGGGUUGCGGGUAUGCUGGAGCCUAUCCCAGCUGACUUCGGGCGACAGGCGGGGUACACCCUGGACUGGUCGCCAGCCAAUCGCAGGGCACAUAUAGACAAACAACCAUUCACACUCACAUUCAUACCUAUGGACAAUUUAGAGUCUCCCAUUAACCUAACAUGCAUGUUUUUGGAAUGUGGGAGGAAACCGGAGUACCCGGAGAAAACCCACCCACGCACGGGGAGAACAUGCAAACUCCACACAGAAAUGCCCAACGGAACCCAGAUCUUCCCGAUCUCCUGACUUAUGUGGCCAACAUGCUAACCACUAGGCCACCGUGCGGCCAUGAACAGUACAAUUCCGAUUUUUUUCAAAUUUUUUCAAAUUUUUUUCACGAGAUUAGAACAUGGCCAUAGAUUUGCCACACCGUUGUAUACGCUGCAGGGUUCAAAGAUUAAGAAAAAAGUAGCGGCUUAUACACAGGAAAUUACGGUACUUAAUUGACCCAGGCCUCUUUGGUAUGUAAAUAUAAAUCAGAUAUGUAUCCGAUACUACUGUAGUUGGAAUGUUUGGGUCAAGUAUAACCGUCCUAUACAUCAUCGAAAGCCGUGUUUUGCCGUGUGAGAGUUGGGCAAAGGUACUCACAGAUGUAGGCAAAAUUUCUUCUUGCCAUCCAAAAAUUGUCAGUGAAGCGCCUCACGUCAGUAUCCCACCACUCCUCACCCACAUGCUUCUCAGAACAGAAGUGGCAGCAAGUUUACCACAAAGUGCCAUGGUCAAAAGUCUUGCCCUCUUCCUUCGUAAUCUCCUGUGUCUCUCUCCACCCUAAUUUGGUGAAGAAAACGUUGACUCCAGUUGCACAAAAUCUUUAAAACUGUCACAAAUGCGCCAAGACUGGGAACAUGUUUACUUUUGUAAACACACUGAACCACAUGUUUGUGCAUAUGCGGGUCACUUCCUGGACACGUUGGUCCGAUUUUCGCCAAAAAAUCUAAAUUCAGCAUCAUACCCUGCAGUGUGAAUGUAGCCUAAAUUACUGUAUUAAACUACAUCGUUUCCGUUUCAAGGUAUCUGAAGAGGAGUCUGUUGUGUCCAGCAUUGUUUGGAUUUCCUUUUCUGCUUCAGUUAUAAUUGUCCCUUUUAAUAGUUGGAAGAUCCCUUCUGACCCACUUCCAGGCCACUCCCACAGCCUGAUUUCAAUCUUCUAAUGCUGAUUCUGAAGUCAUUGGAUUGUUGAAAGGAGGUUAGUCUUCAAAGCCUUGUCAUGCUUACUGAGAUCAUCCAGUGGCCCAAACCCAGGAUUUGGCCGAAAUUGAUUUACCCAGGUCUGGGUUGAGGGGUCUGAGAGGAAAAAUUAAUCUCUUCGGUGUUGGGUUGUUUGUUGAUAGUGGGGAAUUAUGAUGGGUGGUAUAGAAGAAGCGAUUGAAUGUUUUUGUUGGUCCAGAGAACUGUGAUGGUUCUUGAGAAUUGUCAUGGUGAAGCUGUAUCACUACCAAGAGAGGCCAUUGUGCACCUACUGAUUGAGGCCCUGAUGCAUGACGCUCACGUCUCAACCCGCCACCACCCCCAAUUCCUUGUCUCUUUUCGGGCGUCCCAGGUGAUCCCUUCUCCACUCUCCUUUCAUCAUCCUCCAGCUCACAUUUUCCUGUCUUUGUUUCCACAUCUCAUCUGCAGUAGCCUGUAGUUGCAUCACUCAGCUUCUGGUAGUGUCUGCUGAAUGCAGACGUGUAUCGUAAGAACAGAUGGAAGUUGUUGUUGGCUGCGGGUUUUGUUACCAGAAGGACCUUGAAUGUUGUGUUAAGAUGCUCACAAACGAAUGGAACGUUUUUACUGCCAAAUGAAAUGAUUACCAGGUGUAGCAAACUGGAUUUAUCACGAAAUAAUGUUGUAAUGAUAUGUGAAUAAGUGGUAAGGCGUCCAGGUAGAUGAAGUAUGCAUUCAAGUAGCUUCCAUUUAGUCAACAACUGACUUGAUGUGUUUUUUGACAUGUUUGCCAUAUAAACAACCGGGCGCUUGUCAGUUAUGCUGUCUUCAUUCUGACAGGCAACGUUGAUUGGAUAUUAUGUAAAAAAAAAAAAAAAAAAAAGUACACAGUAUAUUCUCCUGCUAACGUUACUUAGGGUUAUAUUUGCACUGGAUAUGUGUGUGAUUGCUUGAUGUAACAACAUGCUAAUGUGCGUAUGUUUGUAUGCAAGGAUGCGGAUGGCAAGAAUAAAUAUGUUGAAUUAACGCAUCUGUCUUCCCUGUUGAUGCAAAAAAAAAAGUUCAAAGAGGAAACAGUGGAACCUGCUUAAGUCGGUCCCGCUUAUGUCAACAACCUAAUUUGACCAACUCACCAAGUCCUGGUCCACUGGGUUGUCAUUACUAAAAUAGUGCCCGCUUAAGCCGAAGUCCACAUACACUGUUGACCGCAAACAAAGGUCCAUUUUCAGGUUUUGCGGUAGCCUUCUCAGCUGUUUUUUUUAUCCUCCUUUCUGCAACUCACAUGAUGCAUCCAUUUAAAAUUCGCACAUAUGAAGAAAAACAAUGUCAACAAACAAAAAUCCUUUAUCAUCACCCAUUCUUUUAAUGGCGUGAACACAGUGGCUGUUUUCCGUUAUGUCGACAGCCACUGAUGUCGAAGUGAGGGACGUCAACUUGAACAGGUUCCACUGUAUACUCUGUGGAUGUACUCACUUUGAAUGAUAUCUGAUACAAGAUGGCUGAGGUCAAAGCUUGAAUCUGAAACCAAGUAUCAGCACCACCGGGGGACAAAAAAAAAAACAUAAUUCCAAUGAUAAAAUUAAAAAAGUAGAGCAAGUCAUUUUUAAUGAGAAUACACUUGUAAUUUUACAGAAAAAAUGCAUUUUUACAACAACAAAGUAGUCAUUUUACAAGGAAAAUUUUCAUUUUUACAUUUUACAAGAUUUAAAGUUAAUCAGCAUUGUAGUCCAUUAACGGCGACUUACCCCCCCCCCGUUGAAAAAAGUAAUAUGCGUUGAAAAAAGUAAUACGUUUACGUCACAAAAAUUCCUUCUCAAAGAAAUCAAAGCUCACAAAACGCUCAGCGUUAUAUUUGUCUCCUGCCACAUCCCGCGCACUGUGGCCUUCUGUGGCGCGCUGCGCAUCUUCUUCCUCUGUGGAACACAUACGUAAACAAGAUGGCCGCAGCGCUCCGUCGCGGAAGUAGAUCCGAGCGUCUUCAUCACAUACGCAUGAACUCACAGGCGACAGUGCGCAAGGAUACGGCAUUUUUGUGAUGCAACUUUUUGGAAUGCAUAAUGUUUUGACGACCAGUCCAGGGUGUACCCCGCCUCUCAUCUGAAGUCAGCUGGGAUAGGCUCCAGCAUACCCCCGCGACCCUAAUGAGGAUAAGUGGCAUAGAAAAUGGAUGGAUGGAUGUUGAUUUGAAAAGCCAAACUUAAUUGUCCUCAGCAACGAAGCAGAAGUACGUUACUUAUGAGACCCAGUGGGGGGUAAGUUUCCGUUAAUGGACAACAAUGCUGAUGCAUUGUAACUACUGUAUCCCUAGGAUGCUAGUGGGAAUUUUUUGCUCUACGUAGUGAAGAUGGUUUCACGGAGGGCAUUCACUUUCUGGAACUGAUUGUCAUCCAUCCCCAAAUGUUCUCAAUUGGAUUUAGGUCACGGGAACACGCAGGAUGGUCCUAAAGAGUCAGGUUAUUCCUCUGGAAUAAAUCCAUUGUCAGGCGAGUAUUGUGAACUGCAGCGUUGUCAUGUUGAAAAAGCCAGUUAUUACCACACAGUUGAGGGCCUUCAGUCAUGAGGGAUGCCCCCUGCAACAUCCCCACAUUGCCAUCUGCCGUUUGACGCCCCUGCACAACCGGAAGCUCCAUUCUUCCAUUGAAGGAAAAAGCACCCCAGAUCAUGAUGGCGCCCCUUCCACUGUGCUGUGUGGAAAACAUAUGAGGUGGGAUCGACUUGUCAUGCCUGUAAUGUUGGAAGCCAUCUGGACUGUCAAGGUUCCAUUUUUUCUCAUCAGAGAAUAAAACCUUCUUGCACGUUUCAAUUCCCCAUGUUUGAUGCUCACGUGCAAAUUGUAAAAUGUAAAUUCUUGCAAAGUCUUACCAUUUUGA